CUAGCGUAACGCGGGACACUCGCAGUGAGCGCAACUUCAAUGACAUUAGUUGCUUUAGUGUCGAAUUCUGAGUCAUAGACAACGUCUUGUUCUGAUGGAUGUUGAUUUGUACGCGUACUUUGGCCUCAGAGAUGAUUGUACUGCAAAGGACAUUCAGAGAGCGUAUAAGAAGAAGGCAAGAGAGGCACAUCCUGAUAAAAAUCAAGACAAUCCGUUGGCAAAGGAAUCAUUUCAGCAACUGGCUAUUUAUUUUGAAAUUUUGCACGAUCCCACUAAAAGGAAAGAAUAUGAUCAGAAAUGGAAAGCCAAAAGAGAUGCUAUUAAAAGAAUGGAAUCUAUGGACUCGUCACGAAGAAAGCUUAAAGAAGAGCUAGAAGCGAGAGAAGCGGCUGCCAUGGCUUUGCGAAAGAGGCAGUUUGAAACUGUAGCUAAACAGCAAGCAGCCGACCAGAUUCGCAGGGAUUGGGAACGCCAUAAUGAAGAAAUGAAGUGGCAAGCUGAAAGGAAACGAAAAUCUGCAAGUGAGGAAACUGACAAUGCGAAGUUAAAAUGUACUAAAUCUGGUCAGGCUGUGGUGAGAGUAAGUUUUAACCCAUUUCUUGAACGUAAUCGAUACAUUUAAUGCUAAUAUUAAGCUAUUAGACUUCGUCUUUAUCCCCAUGAACCUUCAUUAUUUUAGGGUAAUCUUCUUU